UGCUCUUCUUCAGACGCCAUUUUGGUUCUUCUUGUGCGUUGGUUUGAAUUGGGUUUUUCAAGCUGCUCUGAACCAAAAUGAGACAGUUUCACAGCGUAAUGCUACAAAUGUAAAUCGAUUCCGGAUCGAGUCAUGUGAGUUUUGUUUAUAUCGGAAACAGACUCAGCUGCACGUGUUGCGUGCUUGUAAACCACAAGGCUAAAUUGAACUAGCUUCACGGAGAUAGUUUUGUUUGGGAACUGUAUAGCAGUGCUCCCCUGCAGAUCAUGGCAGCUACGACCACAGUCAAACCCUUCACCUCUGAAGAGGCCAGGAGAAUUCUGCAUCACUUGCAACAGCCUGCCGUCUUUCUGAACAUGACGUGCGAUUGGCCCGUCCUCCUGUGGACAGCAGAGCAUCUCUCAAGUCGCCUUGGUGACCGACUCGUCAGAUUUAGACUCGGAAGAAAACAGAAGACAAACGCUCCUCUGUUUGAGACCCAGUGCUCCUAUGUGCAGGCCCAGAUGGCUCAGUUUCUCAGCUGGACUCAGGGUCAAGGUGAUGUGGGGCCUUUCUCCAAGUACCCCUAUUCAGAGUACUGGGCCUAUGCUGACUACAAAUACAUCGCCAUGCUGUUUGAAGACCAGCCUGGUAUGUUUGAGGAUGUAAAGUGGUCCGACUUUGGCUUUGAGGGCCGAAAUGGAAGAGACAGCACUGUCUGGAUCGGUACCAAUGGAGCCAACACUCCCUGCCACAUGGACACUUACGGCUGCAACCUGGUUCUACAGGUUCAGGGACGGAAGCGGUGGCAUCUCUUUCCUCCCGAGGACACUCCAAACCUUUACCCGACGAGGAUCCCCUACGAAGAGUCCAGCGUCUUCAGCUCAGUUAAUGUUCAGAGUCCAGAUCUGAAGAAGUUUCCUGCAUUUCAAGCUGCUCAGGCUCACAUCGUCACGCUGCAGCCUGGACAGGUGCUUUAUGUUCCCAGACACUGGUGGCACUAUGUGGAGUCGGUAGAUCCUGUCACUGUCAGCGUCAACACCUGGAUUGAGCUGGAAGUGGACGACUUCGCCAGAGUCAGUGAAGCAGUGACCAAGAUGGUCGUUUGGUCUAUCAAAACUGCUGAGAGUGACGACAACAAUGACAGCUGGCUCAACCCCACAGAGGAGGGAAGUGCAUCCCACAGUGAGAACUUGCAGUAUCUGAACCUCGCAGUGGCAGCAUGCGCUCAGAGACCGAAGGGUCUCUGCCACGCCGAAACGAGCUCACACAUCAGAGACGCUCAUCCAGUCAAGCGGGACUCAAGCGGACAAUUGAAAAGCAGCGACUCGGAUAAAAAUCCCCCCAGCUUUAGUGUUCCUUUUGGGCCACACCUCACAGCUGUGUGCUGUCAACAAGAAACACCCGAGGAGGAUGAUGGGAUCAGCUCUUCCAGGAACAAUGUUUCCACCUCUCAAAACCAUUAUGCUCCGAGCUCAGAGGGAUCACUGGCUACUUCUGCUGCUUUUGAACAGGAAAAACACACAUGUGGCACUGGGUUAGCUCCAUGUGAAUGUGCAGCGGGAACGUCAAAAAACUCCCCAGAGGAGUCUAAACGUCCAACAAUAUCCACCAAUGACCUAUUAGCCUGCCUGGUGCAUCCAGAGAUCAUCACCCGUGUGACGGAGCUUCUUCUGGAAAGGCACAAAAAUCACCUUUAAUGCUCCCCUGAGGAAAUUCCGUCCUGCCCAGUUCCAAUCCAACUAAAUGUGCCUUACAGUUCUUUUCUAGGUCCACAUUCUACCGCAGAUGUCUGAAGCCCAAACCAUGAACCGCUGCUUCUACUGUUGCUGUUAGUCUACUAAUCCUGUUGGGAGCACCAAGAACUAGAAAAAUGAUCUCUUCAAUCAAGUCUGUAUGCUAAUAAAGCGAGAAAUUGCAGAUAUCA